AUGUGUUCUAAACUCAGGCAAAUCCUUCCAGCUAUUAUCUCUCCCACUCAAGUGGCAUUUGUUGCAGGCAGAUCUAUCUUACACAAUGUGCUGAUUUGUCAAGGUAUCAUUAAGUUAUAUAAUAGAGGAAACUCAAGGCCAAGUUGUAUGAUGAAACUGGAUCUCAAGAAAGCCUAUGACACUGUUGAGUGGAAGUUUAUAGAAGAAGUAAUGCAUGCUUUUGGCUUUCCCUCACACUUUAUUCAGCUGGUAAUGACUUGUCUUACCACUACCCAGUAUUCUCUUCUCAUCAAUGGGGUUCCUUCUCCACUGAUCCAACCUAAGAGAGGACUAAGACAAGGAGACCCUCUCUCCCCUCUCAUGUUCACCUUAUGUAUGGAAUACUUUUCUAGAGAAGGCUUAAAUCUCUUCUCCUCUACUACUGGUCUACAGGUGAACCCUAGCAAAUCCUCUAUCUACUGUAGUGGGUUAGACUCUUCCACUAAAACUUGUCUUACUGAGCUCUCUGGAUAUACUGUAGACACUCUUCCCUUUAAAUACUUAGGGGUACCAAUUAGCUCUAAGAAAAUCCAAGCUGGUGAUUGCAAUUUGCUGGUAGAAAAAAUGGUUUCAAGAAUUAAAACAUGGAGUUCUAGGCAUCUUUCUUUUGCAGGAAGGACGCAGCUAGUGAAUUCUGUGCUUAUGAGCAUUAGUGUACCAGGGAGUGUUAACUGGGAUAAUUUGUGUUUCACCAAAGAGCAAGGUGGGCUUAGCUUUAGAAAUCUUGUUGUUUGGAAUCAGGCAGCUGUUGGUAAAUUGGCUUGGGCCAUUGAGCAAAAACAGGACAAUCUUUGGGUGAAAUGGAUCCAUGCUCUCUAUGUUAAGAACAAAAACUGGCAGCUCUAUGUUCCACCAUUAGCUUCUAGCUGGCCUGUCAAGUUCAUUUGCAAGGUCAAAGAUGUCUGUAAUGACAAAUAUCAGGGGUCUGCUUGGCUUACUACACCCAACUACUCGAUUAAAAACACUUACACUAGUCUGUGUACUCAACCUGAAACUAAUCACUGGUCUAGUUUUAUCUGGAACAGACUGACUAUUCCUAAACACAGGUUUUCUCUGUGGCUUGCUCUACUUGACAGACACAAAACCAAAGCUAGAUUAUUCCAAUAUGGCAUAGGGGAUGACAACCUGUGUGCUAUAUGUGGCAGUGCUCCUGAAACCAGUGCUCACUUGUUUUUUGAAUGCUCUUAUAGUACAGACUGUCUGGUUAGAGUGCUUAGCUGGCUAGGCGUCAAUCACACCAGGAAGAAUGUGUUACAAGACCUUCAUUGGACAAGAAGAUACUGCAGGAAUUCUUUCAAAAGGAAGUUCAUACUUGCUGCUGUUGCUGGCUUAGUUUAUCACAUUUGGAGAGCAAGAAACAGCUCAGUUUGGGAAGGAGCUGUCCCCACAGUUCCUACUUUGAUUCAUGCCUUAAAAAGUGAUGUGAAGCAUCGAGUUCAACAAGUCUGUGCAAGUAGACUAAACAGUGAAAAUAGGGAAUGCUUACAAGCUUUGUAA